UAAUUUGAAACAGUACGCAACUGGAAUGAUUGAAGUUUUAUCAAUAAGGUAUGCAGAAAAUAUAGGUAAUUUAAACAUUUCAAAAAAAGAUUUAAAAAAUCAUCCGGAAGAUGUGUGGCUCGCUUGGACAUUGAUGGUCAAUGGCAUGAAUGAAAAUUGGAUUAGUGAACAUUGCUUGAUAUAUGAUGAUCCUAGAAUGAUAAGAUAUGAACCAAGUAAAGGUAGUUUAAUAUUUCCUCAAACUGUAACCAUCCAUAGUUUGAAAGAGGAUUGGAAAUGGAAAGAUAUUAUUAAAUAUUUUUACGGAA